GAGGUACCAAGCAAGGGGGAACUGCCAUCAGCUGGUUCCUACCAAGGAUAACCACCACCGCAUCUUGUUAACCUCUGCAGCCUGAGUCAAUGGGCCGCCAUGCACUUGCGAAAUCGACAGCUCUCCUCCGGGCAGUUAAGAGCAAGCAGAGCACUAACCUCGUGAGGCGACUGGAGCCUGCAGAAGUGCGGUCAGCAGAAACAUCAUUGUGGGUGCCACACCCAAGGACAGGGAUAUACUACCCCAAGGGCUUUGAAUGGGUCAUGGAGGAUGUCCCCAGCGGCGCAGCUUCAUUCCGGCAGUCAUACUGGUUCAGGACUGGGGAGGCAGAGUCAGCUAGCUCUACCACAUCGAAGAACGAUGCUGCUUCCCUUGACCAUCCAUUUGGUUAAAUGUAUGAGGCUUUGCUGUGGAAGAAUAACUGAAAGACAGCUCCGUGUUCCAGAGAGAGAAAAAAAACACAGUUGUGCAGCCAUCACCAUCAAGCCAGGUCCAUGGAUGCUAUGGAAUACUACUUAUCAGUUGUUAUGAUACCAGUUUGCAGUAGCCACAUCCACCAACAGAUCACGAACAAUGUCUGCCUUUCUUUUACCUUUUUCUUUCUAACAUUCUGCUGGUUCUACCUAAAUCAAACAAGCCCUUAACUGUACCUUUGCAACAUUCUGGAGUAGCAGUGCUUUUUUUAAGCUUA